GGUGCAGUAGCACAAAUCUCAGCCGUAUAUUUGAUCCAAAACUCAUUAUUUUGACACGUAAUAGAUCCAUCUUGGCAAUCCGUGUGCUUUUCAAUUACUCUUUUUCAUUUCAGCUACCAAAUCAGAAUUUCAGUAAAACUCUCUCUCUUCUCUCUUUCUUUCCCGCUUCAACUGGGUUUCUCUUUCUCUCUCCCAUAACGCUCCACUCUCUCAAAAAAGUUGAUACUUUUGGGUUUGAUCUAGGGAGUGAAGUGAGAUUGAGAGACAGAGAAAGAGAUUUUGUUCAAAGAAGCCACCAUCGGAGGUGGUGGUGAGCGGUGGUUUUGAUGAGCCAUGGUGAGACCACCGACAGGCUCCUAAUGAUGAAAGCUUGAACCUUGAGCUAUUUGACCAAAGCUGACCAAAGCAUGAAUGUUCAUACACUGAAAGGUUUUCACAGAAAAAAUUUUGGCAGCAUAUAUUCCCAUUUGGAGGAUGACAUAGAAGCCAAGCCUACUCAACCUACCGUAAAGUUGGAUUUGUUCAUGAAUUUUUUUUUUUUUGGAGAAAUUGUUCAUGUAAUUUUAAAUAUAAAGAACAUGACUCAUAUGUAUUUCAUAUGUAUUUUGGUUGGGAUCAGAGUAGUUAUUGAUGCUUAGGAGUUAGGACACUCUUUCUAUCUUAAGCAAAUGCGAGCCCAGUCCAAUAAAAACCAAUGUGCCCAGUCCAAUAAAAACCACAACUUUACUUUGCAUCUCACUGUCUUUGCCGCUUUUGUUCCAAAGUUUGCCUUUUGAGUCUCUUCAAUUCACUUUACAUGCAAUUCUGUUUCUCGGUUUUCUUUAUUUUCAAUUGGUUAAAUCCAUUUUAAGCUCUGAUUCUCUUGUAUUUUCAAUGAAAGCUCAAAGCUUGGUUUCUAGGUUUUGCUCAAACCCAACAACCCCAUCAAUUCCAAACACCAAAAAAUCAUUCUUUCAGGCACCAACUCCUCCUUCUUCAGCAUAUUUUUCACAAUCCCGCAAAUGGGUAUCCUUUAAAAUCCAACAUUCGGCUCCACAAAGGGUGUGGUAUAAUAAGCAGAAUGGUGUAGAAGAAGUAAAGGAUGGUACUUCUCAUGGGAAUGAUUUGGAAAAUGGGGUCAGAAGGAAAAAGCUUGCGGUUUUCGUCUCAGGUGGAGGGUCGAACUUCAAGUCCAUUCAUGAAGCUUCUCUUGGAGGAUCAGUUCAUGGAGAUAUCGUUGUUUUGGUCACAAAUAAACGAGGCUGUGGAGGUUCAGUGUAUGCAAGAGACAAUGGCAUCCCAGUUGUUUUGUUCCCCAAAACAAAAGAUAAACCUGAUGGAUUAGCUCCAAAUGACCUUGUAGCUGAGCUUAGGAAAUUUGAGGUUGACUUUGUACUUCUAGCGGGAUAUCUAAAGCUUAUACCGGUAGAGUUGAUCCGAGCUUAUCCAAGAUCCAUACUAAACAUCCAUCCAUCACUCCUUCCAGCUUUUGGAGGCAAAGGCUAUUAUGGUAUGAAGGUCCAUAAGGCAGUCAUUGCUUCUGGAGCAAGAUUCUCAGGUCCUACUAUUCAUUUUGUGGAUGAGCACUAUGACACAGGGCGAAUCCUUGCUCAAAGUGUUGUCCCUGUGCUUGCUAAGGACACUGCAGAGGAGCUGGCAGCAAGAGUUCUUCAGGAGGAGCAUCGGCUUUAUGUUGAGGUGACAACAGCACUGUGUGAAGAGCGGAUAAUUUGGAGGGAAGAUGGUGUUCCUCUCAUCCAGAGCAAGGAAAACCCCAGUGAGUACAGGUAGCAGAACCAACAUCAGCAAUUUCUGUUUUUGGUAUGGUUCAGGUCUCCAAAAUAUGACUUUUGAGUUUUGCCCAAGUCUUCUACCCACCCAAAACUAGGCAGCACUCCUACCUAGCUAAUUAUGGGUGGAAAUGAAGGAAAAAGAAAAGAGAGAACAAGAGUGUAGAAGCCAUUUUUAACUAGCACAGUUUCUGUUCCAUUGUGUAAGGCUGAAUCGCCUUGCACUUGAUUUUUGUCAUGCGGUUAGGCUGUUUUUGUAUAAGUGUAACAGGCGGCUUUUAUUACAGGCAUCUGAGUUUAAAUUCGAAACUUAAUCAUUAAAGAUUUUCUGUUUCUCCUCUUUGAAGAUGAUUAUGAAAUUAUUAGGGUGUUCACAAUCUCA